AUGUUACUCAUCGACAUAGCUACAGCUGAAGAUGUGGAGCUUACGGUGGCUGCUGCUCAGAGAGCUCUUUCUAGAACAAAGGCAAACAUUAGAUGUUUUGAGUACUAUACGUACCUUGUUGAAGAUUGUGUUGUAAUACUGAAGCCUUCCGAGUUGGUAUCUAUCACCUGUUUGAAGCUGGUUGACGUGUGUAGAAAGGUUGGUUUUUUUCUAAGUGUCUUGAAUAUUCUGAUUGGAUCAAGCCUAAAAGUUAUGAUUCCUUUGGCAUCUCAUCCCAAUGUUGACAAGAUUGCCUUUACCCGAAGCACUACAACAGGGAACGUGAUAAUGGAAGCAGCCGCUCAAAUGGUCAAGCCUGUAUCUUUAGAACUCGACAGGAAAAGCCCAAUCAUUUUGUUUGAGGAUCAAGAAUAUGAAGAGUCAUAA